AUGGUAUCUACUUGUGAUAGUUAGAUAAAAAUAUGGGAAUUUUAAAGAGGAGUACUUAAAUUAGUUUACUCUUUAUAAGGUCAUGAAAAAUUUGUGCAAAUCUUAUAUAUUAGGAAUUUGAAUACUUAUUUAAUUUCAUGUUCAGAUUAGAUUAUAAAAUUAUGGAAAUUAUUUAAUAAUUGGUAAUGUUUAGAAACUAUUAGCCUAGGAUAAGUUAAUAUGACUUGUAUUGUAACAGAUUCAACAGAGAAAUUAAUAAUAUUCGGAAGCGCUGAUAAUUCGAUUUAAACUUGGCAGCUUAAUCAAAAUAAUAAUUUAAGCAAAACAUGUAGUCUUAUGAAACAUAGCCGAUAAGUUAAUUUAUUAAGUCUAAAUUAAUCAGAAACUCUUUUAGUAUCUUGUGGAGUAUCUUGUCCACAAGACAGGGAUUAAAUUAUAGUAUGGGAAAGAACGAAAAGUUAAGAAAAUCCCUUUCAAUUCAAAUACUUUGUUAGAUAAAAUUUAGAUAUAAAAGGACCCUAAAUUAAAUUUAUAAAUAAUGAACAAUUUGUUUUAAUUAGUAGUGAUAAUAAUAAAGUAUUAUUGUUUGAAGAUUGUAAAGGAGAAUUAAUACAAAAUUUUGGAAAGGAUGUUGAGUUAUCCACUAUAGGUAAUUCUGAACGUUUAUUUCCAAUUUAAUACAAUAUUUAGAAGAAAUUAUUAUAUUUCAAGAUCAAAUCUUGUAUCUAUAUCUUAGAUAGUAAUUUAUAAUUAUAAUCAUUUUUAAAAUCAAAUGGAGAGAAUAUUUAAGGAUGUGUGACAUAUGAUGGGAAGUAUUUAGUUUAUUGGGAUGGUAAAAAUAAAGGAUAUUCAAUAUUUGAAAUUUCAUAUCUUUGA